UUCCACGCCGCCUCACGUCACACAUGCCUCUGCCUCUUCUCUGAGCACUGAGCUCCACCACUUCCAGCGGGUCCACUGUCCAUUGUCCACCGUCCAACCAACCUCCACUCUCCUCCCGACAUCGACCGAUUAACCAUCGCGGCCUCCACACAAUCGUCGGCGUCGGUCGUCGCUCUCCACGCAAUCGUCCCUAUAGCUUACAGUCCCUUUUGACAAAGCUUCCUGGGAAGCAGAAAAUAUCAGAGAAAGAGAUGAAUCGUCACAGGGACAUGGUUGCAAAUUUGAGAACAAAAGUAAACCAAAUGGCUUCCACAUUGAAUAUGUCAAACUUUGCCAACAGGGAUAGCUUGUUGGGUCCAGAAAUAAAGCCAGCUGAUGCCAUGCGUAGAACUGAAGGUCUGGACAACCACGGCAUUGUCGGUCUUCAGUGGCAAAUUAUGAAAGAGCAAGAUGAGGGCCUUGAAAAGUUGGAGGAGACAGUAACAAGUACAAAACAUAUUGCACUGGCAGUCAAUGAAGAACUUGAUCUUCACAUUAGACUUAUUGAUGACUUGGAUCAACAUGUGGAUGUUACUGAUUCCCGCUUACGGGCCAAUUCACAUUACUUUGCCAUAAUUGAACAGAUUGCAGAGGGGAAUAUGUGGUUGAACGACAACAUUGGUGUUGUUCCUAAAAAUUCUUGGGCAAUAGAUCCAUUUGGCUACUCAGCUACCAUGGCAUAUCUCUCCGCCGUAUGGGUUUCGAGAACAUGCUUAUUCAGAGGACUCAUUAUGAGGUAAAGAAGGAACAUGCUCUGAAAAAGAAUUUAGAGUACACAUGGCGCCAAAAUUGGGAUGCUGAGGAAACGACUGAUAUUUUUGUGCACAUGAUGCCCUUCUAUUCAUAUGAUAUCCCUCAUACUUGUGGGCCAGAGCCUGCUAUAUGUUGUCAGUUUGAUUUUGCUCGAGUACACGGCUUUUUUUAUGAGAUGUGCCCAUGGGGAGAGCAUCCAGUGGAGACCAGCCCAGAAAAUGUACAUGAAAGGGCUCAAGUAUUCCUAACACAGGCAGCAAAGAUGGGACAACAGUCUUCCUCAUUGAUGCCAUCAUCCUCCAGCUCAUAGAUCUCUUGGUGAUUCACAUAUGGAUUAGCAUGAUGUCAUUAUUCACUGACUUAAAUAAUAUAUUUUAUAAUAUGAAUUUUAUACUAUUUGGAUCCAUUAUGUAUUUUGAGAUAUUUUAAGUUUCUUAGUGUUGAACUAUAGUAAUGUUUUGGACUUUUAGAUUUCAGAAUUAUGAAAUGAAGUUGAUGUG